AUGUCAAACCACGCCCUGGAAGCAGAGAAUAGACAGCUUAAGGAGGACAUGGCUGAAUUAAGAGAGGAAAACUCUCUGGUAAAGAGGAACAACACUUUUCUGAGGGAGGAAAACACGUCGGUGAUGAAGGCAAACACUCAGGAAAAGAAGGACAACGCACUCCUGCGGGAGGAAAACACCCAACAGUGGGAGAAGAAUCUUCGCUUGAUGAAGGAAAACAAUCGACUAAUGGAUGAAAUUUCUCUCCUGAGGGAAGACAAUACUCAAGUGAGAGAGGAGAGCACUCAAGUCAUAAAGAACAACACUCUAUUGAUGGGGGAAAACGAUCUGGUGAGAGAGAACAAUACUCGCCUGGCGGAGGAAAACACUCAGGUAAUUGAGACCAACGCUCGACUGACAGAAGAAAACAGUAAACUGAGGCAGGACAACACCCGCCUGACUGAGGAAAACACUCGCGUAUUGGAAGAAAACAUCAACUUGAAGGCAGCCAUCGAACUGGUUGAGGGGGAAAAUAGUAAGAUGAACAGCAGCUUGCAAAUAACAGAGGAGGAAAAUAGACGAUUGAGUUCGGCAACUCGGGAGGCGAAGGAGGAGUCAAGGUUGACGAAGGAGAGGAACCGAGACCUGGAACAUGCAGUGACAGAAGCCAAAGAAGAGAGGAAGAUGACAGCAUCAAGAACCGUUGAACUAGAAAGGCAGAACCUCCUGUGUAAACAAGAAAAAAGCAGGACACAAGAAUCAAACACGUUCAUUGAAGAGCAACUCUCAAGAACAGAAGAUGAAAUCAACUUGUUGCGAGAAACAAACGCAGCUCUUCAAGAAGAGAAAGAAAGAAAUGAGCAGCGAAUAAGGAGUAUUGAAGAAGAGAAGCAGCAAAUUUUCACACAGAACAGUCUGAUGGAACAGGAAAACCAGCAGCUGAAGAGUAAUAUUACCAACCUUUCCAGACUGUGCGGAACUAUACUGCCGGGAGCACGAACGGACGGUGUGUACCUAAUCAAACCAGCCAGAAACGGUGGUCAGGUGUCUGUCUGGUGUGACAUGACGGCUGAUGGAGGGGGCUGGACGGUGUUUGUCAAGAGAGACAAAGCAGCAGUUCCCUGGGAAGACUUCGCAAAGGACUGGUCAGACUACAAGGCCGGCUUCGGUAACGUCUCUGCAGAAUAUUGGUUAGGACUGGAGACGUUGCAUCAGCUGACACAGAACUCGCCCCAAGCCCUGCGACUCACCGCUACUGACGACCUACAGAAUGAACACCGUUGGGCACACUAUUCCACAUUCAGUGUCGGCAGCGAGAAUACACAGUACCAGCUGCAAGUAGAAGGGUACCAGGAUGCCAGUACCAUUGGGGAUAAUAUGGCAAGCUCUCCUGGAAGCAAGUUCUCCACGCGAGACAAAGACAAUGAUAACUCAGAUAAAUCAUGCACCGAGAAAUUCUCGAAUGGUGGUGGGUGGUGGUACAGCAGUUGCGGUUGGAUUACGCCGACUACCAGUCAUGAAGGUUCAUUAAGAAAAAUGAUUUUAAUAUGGACACCAAAUGUGGACAAAUGGGUAGCAGUUGAACUUUUAGAAAUGAUGAUACGACCCCGGAACUUCACUUUCUGUCAUGGCUGAUUGUUGUAUAAAAAACUCAGAUAUCUUCCUGUCCUGAAUGGUGCUAUCAACACUGAACAAUUCUCGUAUCAUAUAUAUGGUAUAUACAACUCCGCAAGACGUGUGCAACAACAGGAAUCUUUAUUGAUGAAAUGUUUCUACUCACUGGAAGACUCUGCUUAUAUAUUCUUGCAGUUUUGUGUACCAUCAGAGUUUCUGUGGCUGUGGAACGAGACAGUAUCAUCACAUUUGCUGCCGCUGAUACAACCACGUCGCAGCUGUGCUCCUUGUAAAAUCAACCUAUUGCUCAGUAUUACAAAUAACUGAUAUACUUGGUAGAUCUACGACUUUUGAUUAAGUCUACAAGUAAGUUAGUUGAUUAAAGUUUCUAACUAGAUGUAUUUCGAUCGUUGUGCUAAUUAAAUCCCUGUAUUUCGUAAGCCCAGCCAUCUUUUCCUCAGUGCAUGCAAAAGGAAGAGUGGUUAUGAAAUUUCAGUGCAAAAAAAUAUUAAACUGCGUAUACAGUAUUAUAAUCAUAAAGCGCUAAACCCACAAGGGUCAUACAUUGUAUACAAAGUAUAAAAUGUACAAUGUUUUUAUGUAUGAAUUUCUGAACGUAUGUACACUUCCUUA